GCAUCACUCGCGCGCACGGUAUCUUACCCGACAGCCACACGACUCUUGCAGCUAACGCGACAACGGCCACCUUGCCAAACAUUAAUCACCAAAUAAAAUGGUGCAACCUUUCCAAUACCCAACCGCACGACGACAUCCCGCCUACCACAAUCCCUGACUGCCCCGCACCCUUCCAUCCAAUUGCCCAUCGACCUGCAGACAUGGACAAUGUCACCCUCAACACCGAGGUCAACGACACGCACCGCAGCCUCAUUCCUGCUCUCCUCAACUUCCACCUCCAGAUCAAGGACCUGUCAGCAGCGCAGAAGGCGGCCAUCACGGCCAUGGGAGAGGACCCCACCGACGUGUACGCCAUCAGCUACGAGUCCGUCCACGAGAAGCGACUGCUGCACGCGGGCGAGUACUGGGAGCUGGAGGCGACGAGCCCUGUGCCGUUCCGCGUCACCAUGACGGCACUGCCGCGACAGCUGCCGCCGGGCCUGCUAACGCAGCUCGAACGGACGCCAUUCUGGCGCCAAAACAAGGUCAACGGCAAGUUCAACGCGACUACCGAGCAGCUGACAGAAAUGGCGCUUGUUACCAUCCAGAGCCGGUAUCAGAAGGCCCACAAGCUAAUGUGCGACAAGGCGGAGGAGUACUGCACGCUCCACAACGUCAAAUUCGACGCCUCGACUGUCGGCCGCUUCCUGCUGGCUGACGCCGACGGCAACGCGGACGACGUGUGCAAGAUCGCGGCCGGGCAGCUGAAGUACUUCUUCUUCGUGAGGCGUGACCCCACACUGCAGUACUGCCCGCUGGCAUCGCUUAUGCCCAGCAGCAAUGGCAGCAGCAGCAGCAGCAGCAUCGGCUCCAACUCUGCCGCUUUCAUCAUCGGAGGCCUGGCGGUGGCCCCGGUGGACGACAUCACCCGGAUUGCGACGACCGUGGUGAUGCGGCCGAACAUCUUUGUGGCCAAGUACACCAACAAGCCCAAGGCCCUCACGCUCGGCACCGACACCAUGGACGCCUACAUGCCGCCUGCAAGCGGCCUCUGCCGGCAGCUGGAGCUCCUCUCCGGCGACUGCAUUGUCAACACCAGCGGACCCAACUAUGCGCACCCCGAGGCGCCCAUCUACAUACUCGUGUCGGCCGCCACCACGCCGCCCAACGGUGACUCGAUCACGCGCGUCGAGCAGCAGCUCAGCGCGGCGUCCAUGCCCGACACACCGGGCAAACAGCACCCGCAGCGCAUCACCUUUGAUGUGCUGCAGCUGGAGGCCUGGUACCGCAUUGCCUUCUCGCAAGUCAACUGCGUCAUUCAGAAGGCUGGCCCCGCCGCCGUGGCCAUGGACAUCGACGAGGAGGAGGAGGGCGACGGUGACGCCGGUGGCCGCGGCCCCUACGGCCGCGGCGCGGGCCUCGGCGGCGGCUUUGGCCGCGGCAUGGGCCGUGGGGGCGGCCGCGGGGGUGGCCGCGCCGGCGGCGAGGCCGCGGCGGCUGCCGCCGACAACUAGUUGCCUGCUAACCUACUUGACUGCUUGCGGGGCGACCCUACGUGAUUGAUAGCGGGCCGACCUGUCUGUUAGGCUUGCUUGCGAGUUGCUGCUUGGAUGCGGGCCCGGACGUUGGUCCGGCGCCAUUGGUUGUGUACGGGUUUCAUACCCUACUAAUGUUUCGGAUGGGCCAUGUGCCCCAUGGACAAAUGGACAAUGGACGGGCCAAGUGCCCCUUGGAUGGGCCAAGUGCCCCACGGACGACGGCCA